AUGACCGGUGCUAGGAUGCUGUCGGUGCUUCUGCUGCUGGUGGUCGCGGGCGGCGCGGCCGCGUCGCACUCGAGCUCGAGCUCGUCGUGCCCCGCGACGCCGCCGGACGCCGGGAACACGCUGCAGGUGUCGCACGCGUUCGGUCCCUGCUCGCCGCUGGGUCCCGGGACGGCGGCGCCGUCGUGGGCGGGGUUCCUGGCGGACCAGGCGUCGCGUGACGUGUCGCGGCUGCUGUACCUAGACUCGCUGGCGGCGCGUGGCCGCGCCCGCGCGUACGCGCCCAUCGCGUCGGGGCGGCAGCUGCUGCAAACGCCCACGUACGUGGUGCGGGCCCGCCUCGGCACGCCACCGCAGCAGCUGCUCCUGGCCGUCGACACCAGCAAUGACGCUGCCUGGAUCCCCUGCGCCGGCUGCGCGGGCUGCCCCACGUCGUCCGCGCCGCCAUUCGACCCGACCGCGUCCACCUCGUACCGCCCCGUGCCAUGCGGCUCGCCGCUGUGUGCGCAGGCGCCCAACGCGGCGUGCCCGCCCAGCCGGCGACGGCGGCAGGGCCUCCUGCGGUUUCAGCCUCACCUACGCCGACUCCUCGCUGCAGGCGGCCUGUCGCAGGACUCCCUCGCCGUCGCCGGCGACGCCGUCAAGGCCUACACCUUCGGGGACAUGUACCAGGCCACCUUCUCGUACUGCCUCCCCAGCUUCAAGUCGCUCAACUUCUCCGGGACGCUCCGGCUCGGGCGCAACGGCCAGCCGCAGCGCAUCAAGACGACCCCGCUGCUGGCGAACCCGCACCGGUCGUCGCUCUACUACGUGAACAUGACCGGCAUCCGCGUGGGCAAGAAGGUGGUGCCCAUCCCACCGCCGGCGCUGGCGUUCGACUCGGCGACGGGGGCGGGCACCGUGCUGGACUCCGGCACCAUGUUCACCCGGCUGGUGGCGCCGGCGUACGUGGCCGUGCGGGACGAGGUCCGGCGCCGCGUCGGCGCACCCGUGUCCUCGCUGGGAGGGUUUGACACGUGCUUCAACACCACCGCCGUGGCGUGGCCGCCCGUGACGCUGCUGUUUGACGGCAUGCAGGUGACACUGCCGGUGGAGAACGUGGUUAUCCAUAGCACGUACGGGACCAUCAGCUGCCUGGCCAUGGCCGCGGCGCCCGACGGCGUCAACACCGUGCUCAACGUCAUCGCCAGCAUGCAGCAGCAGAACCACCGCGUCCUCUUCGACGUGCCCAAUGGACGCGUCGGCUUCGCGCGCGAGCGCUGCACCGCCGCUUGA